AUGAAGUCAGAAGAACUUAUUCGCUUGAAAAGUCACUUUCUUAAGAAUUCCCGUGUUAAGGAUUUCUCUGGUUAUGGGGGGAAAAUACAUACACUUGGGUGGAAUAGCAGUGGGUCGAGAUUAGCAUCUGGAUCAUCUGACAAGCUUGUAAAUAUAUACUCACUGGAGUCCACAAGAUUAACAAAAGUACAUAGUUUCCGAGGACAUAAUGAAAGCGUAGACCAACUUUGUUGGCACCCAUCAGAUAAUGAUGUUGUUGCAACUGUGGGUGCAGAUAGUGCUAUUCGUUUGUGGGACUGUCGGACCAAAAAAGAUCCAAUCACAGCACAAUGUAAAGGGGAGAACAUUAAUUUAGCAUGGUCACCGGAUGCACGUUACAUCGCUGUUGGUAGCAAAACAGAUUUGGUUUCAUGGUUUGAUUUGCGUGCUGGUUUCAAAGUGGUACAGGCGGAACAGUUCACUUCAGAAAUUAAUGAAUUCGCCUGGAACCCUAGCGGGGAAGCGUUUCUUUUAACUACUGGUCUUGGAAGUAUAUUAGUCUACAGUGGGAAACCAGGUGACAUGAAACGUGAAGCAAGUAUCCAAGCUCACCCAGUCAAUGCAAUGUGUCUUCAAUUUUCACCAACAGGUCAUCAAUUUGCUGUUGGUAGUGCAGAUGCUCUGGUGUCCAUUUGGGAUGCAGAUGAAUUUGUUUGCCUACGUACAUUAUCUCGCUUAGAAUGGCCAGUACGCACUUUGGGAUUCUCUUACGAUGGCAAGUUAAUUGCUGCAGCUAGCGAAGAUCAUUUCAUUGAUAUUGGCCAUGUACAAACAGGUGAACAAGUCUAUCAAGUUGGGACACAUGCAUCGGCUACAUUUGUACUUGCUUGGCAUCCUCGACAGUAUUUGUUGAGUUAUUCAAGUGAAGCGAAAUACGAACGAGAUCAAGGUGUUAUUCGAUUAUUUGGUUUAGUGAAUGAUGAUUUAUAA